AUGGCCAUAGGAUGUUCUCACGACCAUGGAGGUAUAGGAAAGUUCGUUAACGGCACGGCGGUGGGCUGUUUCGCUGAUCUUGUGGAUGGCUUAACUGACACAAUGGCUCUGGCAAUUAUACUGAAUUACGAUAGACACUCUGUAGCACAGCUGACGUACGUGUACUCGACAUUAGACGCCGUCUGGUGUGCUCCGAACAGACGCGAGAUCAGUGCCUGGGCUAAAGUGUUGCUUCCUUUCUACACGACGAUCACUCCGUUUCUUGUUCUAUCAUUUGCUCUAUUCAUUAUGUCGUCUCUGCUCGUACAGCGAUUUGGAAUUGUUGAAACUAAAAAGAAACCAACAUUUAUAAGUGUGACGUACCAAACUUUAGGGCUUUUCCUGGGGCAGUCGACUAAAUUUAUGACCAAGUAUUGGUUAUCCAACAGCGUAUAUGCUUUGUGGAUUUGGUUUUGUCUAAUAGUGCGGGUUGUAUACCAAAGCGACCUCGUGAAAGGGUUCCAACGUACAAUUUUGGAGUCACCUCUCUCUACUAUUGAAGAAGCUCUCACUACUGUCGACGGGUACGGAGGGGAGCAAGGAUUCUUGGAGUUUUAUCGAAAUACCUCCAUUGAGAAGGAUUAUCAAGCGCUAUCACUUUCUGAACUUCCAGUUUAUAUAGAGCAGAUAGCGAAAGGCAGAAGAUUUCUAUUGGCCGUCGACGCGCUUUUAGUCAAAUAUUUGAAUCAAACUGUUCAGUUUCUCGACGAGCGCAUAACACGAAUACCAGUAUGCUUCUUCACGAGACCUCGUUGGCCCGCCGCUGAUGAAUUUAAUGAAGUCAUCGUACGCAUUGCUGAAGCAGGAUUCAAACCUGCACCUUCCGAAUUACGCGUCCAC